UUCGUGAUUGACACCUGCAAACGAAAGUGGAAGAGUGAGUCCUUAUCAAUAGGAAUGUAUGUAUUCUACAAUUAAUUGAACAUAUUGGUAUUUUAAACAAGACAAUGUUUUGAAAAUCACGUCUACCAAGGUUCUCAUUGAGGGAUAUUCCGAAGUUUGGGUAAAGUUAUGAAGAACAUUGAGUUAACGAAAAUUGAGGCGACUACAGGAAAUGGUGCCAGAACAGAAAACGACCCAGAGGCAGCAGAGCAUUCCCCCUUAAUUCUUAAACAGGGGCUUGUCAGUAAUGGAAAUCAGCAGACUGCAGGCCAUGCUGCAGAGGCCCAUCGAAGAUCCACCUCGACCACUGUGGAUGAUCGGGAGUCUACACAGACACAGACAAAAACAACUGUAUAUGUGAAACUGUGGAUGGUAAUCGUCUUCAUUAUCAUCCUCAUCUUUGUGUUAAUUCUGGUUUCCUGGGCCUUGUGCACAGUGAUCCAUGAGGAUGUGGAUGAGAAGUAUGACCUUGCAUCUUUCACGGUGCCACAAUACUUCAAUGGCAGCUUCCAACUACCCAAUAUGAUCUUCUCAGCGGAGCUUCUUUCCUCCCAGUCCAAUAAGACCCAACCCCUAUCUAUUGAACUACAAAAGAAGCUCUCUGACGUCUACCACCACUCUCCUGCCCUUGGUCGCUACUUCUCAAUGGCUGAAAUACAGGGUUUCAGGAAUGGCUCUGUUGUAGCUAAGUAUCGUCUAAGCUUCCUGAUGCCUGAGCAGCACGACCAAUUGAAGCUUUUCACCCUAAGUCGAGAGGUGGUGUACAAUGUUCUUAGACAGCACCUGUAUGACCAGGAGCCAGAAAAGGAGGGGGUGCUGUAUAUCGACCCAGCUUCACUGGAAAUGGAGGUUACUAUUGAGUCAGUGCCUAAACUGUGAAGUAUAGACCUAGCUUUGCCUUAGAACAACCACCAGAAUCUGAGAAAUCACCAUGAAGUCUCUCUAACAGGAUGGAGAAAGAAUGUGAAUGGCAAUCUGGUGACAGCUUUUCUACUUCCUUGAGACUUAGAGCUAUGGUCACUGUUUGCACAUUGACUGUGUUUUCUAUCUAGACAGCUAUCUAAAGGUACUGUAAGUGUGCAUUUGGAUGGGAUUCAUUUAUGGGGCUAUUGGGUUUGAAUACUAUGAGCUUUAGAGUGGAAAGAUUAUGUCUGUAGCCGUGUAGACUGGGAGACUGAUAGAAUUUUAAGACAUAGUUACAAUGUAUGUGUUUUAUAUAGACAGUGAAAUGUAAGAAACUGAGACUUUGUAGGAUAAAUGCUCUGUAGGAUGGGUUUAGCAGAUUGUCCUAAGGUAUUAAUGACCUAUAUCUAACUAAGAGCCAUAUAUUGUCUUAGACUGUCACUGACCAGUGCCAAUCAUGGAGACCGCUGAAUUGAUGGAUUGACCAUGUAAGAACAUCUGUUCUCAGUUCAUAUAAGGCAGUGUUUUUCUGAUGUUCUUUAUCACUCUACCGAACGACCUGUAGCAUGUCCUUCGAUCAUGACUGUUUACAGAGUACUCUGUUUUUCUGAUGUUUGUGCUAACUAAAUAAAUUGUAUUGAAACCGCCA